AUGAGACGGGAGAUGGAGGGCGAAGGGAUUAUUGAGAAGUCAGUUGGAAUAGGUAGCAUUACGGAAGAAGGUUGGUUCAUUCCCAAGUUCACCUUGGCGCAUGAUCCCUCUCUGGCUAGCUAUGCUGGUCUGAUGGGACCAGAAAACCGCCAGAAGCUGGCAAAUACCUUUAAAAGGCCCACAAAAUGGAACGAUUACUGCCUACUUGUUUCUCCCGACCACUGCAACACUCCUGACAGCGUGGCACAGCGGCCACCCACAGUUGAAGAAGAGUCCAGUUACUUUGUGGAAGGUUCCUACACAGGCUACUUUCGAGCCACAGAGAAGAACAAUUGUGACCUGAACAACUCCACAUUCAAUUGCACUGGCGAGUUUAUUGACUAUCCUUGUGGUUGGACCAGUUAUGCUUAUGCCAUGACCCAUCAUUUGGAUAUUGCCUUGGAAGGAAGUGGGGAUGAACCUGUCAUCCAUGGAUACUCAUACCGGGAAAUGGGUCAAAUCUGGGCUGCUGCCAAUGCCACAAGAUCUCAUGUGAUGAUGCAGUCAUGGAAGCCUGAUACGCUAUACCAAUCAUGGGUUGGCACUGAAGCUGCCUGGGUGAGGGUAGAUUUGCCCAUGCCCACAUUGGAAUGCCUUGAGAACCGUCCACCAAGGGAACUCCGCUGCGAUCCUGAGGCUGACCCCACAGAGCGAUUUGGGUCCCCUUUGGGCACUUGUGACUAUCACACAUCCUUACUUGAACGGAUGGUGGUGAAGAAGUUGCACACUGAAACGUUUGACCCAUCCAUUUCACCAGAAAAGCGUAGCCCUGGCUAUGACCUCAUUCGAUCGUUCACAAUCAAUGAGCUCCAAAUGGGGCAAAUCAUGGACUACUGGACAAAAAUGGAAGAUCCAAGAGAGGCCACCUGUCAAUGGGUUGUGGACAACUUUGAUGCCUUGGUAACCACUGUUCCACUCACUUAUCCACGCACUAUCGAGGCAAUGAACGACCAUCUGGAAGGUCCUCUUUUCUAUGCAUCACUUACUCUUGCCAUCCUAUCUGUUGCAACGGUUCUCACAGCUGCUGUUGUGACCCAUUGGAAGAGGGAUACCAGAGCAAUUCAGUUUGCUCAGAUUGAGUUUCUUUGGAUUGUAUUGACUGGUCUCCUCAUGGUUUCAAUUGGAUCUAUGAUCAUGGUUUUGCCAGUCCGUAGUGAUGGGAUUUGUGUUGCAACUGUGUGGUUGGUGGUUCUGGGAUCCACCUUUGAGCUUAUUCCACUCCUUGUAAAAGUGUCAGCUUUGAACCGCCUGAUGCGGGCUGCCAAGAAGAUGAAACGUGUAAAGCUGGAAAGGGGCUGGCUCUUUGGCGCUGUGUUUGUGAUCGCCUUUGCUGUGGCCAUGUUUUUGGUGGUUUGGACGGUGGUCGAUCCCUCCAAGCGAUCCAUUGCCCAUGAACUAACGAUGGAGGAGGCAGAGGCGGGUGAAACCAUUGUGGCUGCCCGGUGCUAUUGUGCCUCUGAAUCGGAUGGUUGGCGUUACACCUGGGUGGCAGUGAAUAUGGCCAUGCUGAUUUGUGCCACAGUCCUGGCUGUCCAGACAAGGAAUGUCCGAGAUGAGGUGAACGAGUCUCUCACAAUGUCGCUGAUGAUUUAUUCCCAUUUUCUCUUUAUGGUGCUUCGAGUGGUGUUGGUUGCCAUUGAGAGCAUCGCUGACAUUUGGAAACUACCUCUUUACCAGAGCAUUCUCUUUAGCCUGGAUGCCAUGUUCUCUUGCAUUCUCUACUUCUUCCCAAAAUUCUUUGUUCAACCAAAGUCACCAACCUCGCGUGUCAGUGCAGGAACGUUUCAACCCAUGGCUUCCUUUGGUUCUAGUGCGGGGCACAACUCCGCGUUGGCGAGUCAGGCGCAGUGGUCUCUUGACUCGAGUCUCCAUUCGGCAAAGACGGGCCGCUCUGCAAGGAAGCGUCCUUCCUCCGGGAUUAUGGAUCUCUUUGACAACCAGAAUACCAAAGAAGAAUCAGCGGAAUGUAGGGAUGAAGCGCUUUCUCGUGCGGCAGAAUCGCCGGUAGAUGUACCAGCUGUUGAGCCCGUGGAGCCUACUACCGAGAGCACAGCUGCUAAGCCCGAGGAGGCUUUUACCGAGAACAAAACUGCUAAAAUACAUGAUUCGAUAAGCAGAACACAGGAAGAUGUCACAGAUUCUGAGCGCUCGAGCUUUAUUUUCAUGAAGCUUCAUCAUCAAGAGAAGCUGCGGCUCUCCGUGGAGAGAGAAGCAUAG